AUGUAUUCCAAAAUUGCCCUCGCUGCCUCGGCGCUGCUCGUCACUGGCUCAACAGCCAUUGACAUUCCAGCAAAUAUCAAGACAUUCUACAACAAUGUAGUAGCUCAGGGUGACUGCAAGACAAAGCUGGCUUCUGGUCUGUAUAGCUACAAGGACGGCCCUCCCGAUUGGUCAUACUGCGGCGAUCACCUUCAGGACUACGGGAUCAUCUACAUACAAGGCCAACAGGGCCAGCUCGCCAAUAUGGAUAUCGACUGCGACGGACAGCAGCGGGAGCCGAACAAUGGCCGCUGCGGUCAUAAUCCAUCCGACCAGUCCAUGACCGCCAUGCGAGACUACUUACAGGCGUACCAGAUUCCGGGCAUUACAGAUCUUAACACGUAUGUGCACCCGUAUAUUGUGUUUGGGAAUUCGGGCACAAAUCCUCACAACGUACCAUUCGACCCUCGAGAUCAUGGGGUGCAGCCCUUGAGUAUCGUACUAGUCGUUACGCCUGACAAUUUGGUUUGCGGAAUAUGGGGAGACACCAACGGCGGCGAACGCGAUGCUUCCUUCGUGGGCGAAUCCGCGCUCGCCACCGGCGAGCUCGCCUUCGGCGAUGAGGUCAACGGUACCGUCAGCCACGAGGCGAACGAUGUGCUGUAUAUCGCGUUCACGGGCGCGGACGCCGUCCCGGGAAAGAACGGCGCCGACUGGGCCGCGGACACGAAAGAAGACUUUGCUGCUAGCAUAGCAACCCAGUGCGCGACCCUGGGCACUGCGCUGGCGCGUCGUGCCAACGGAACAGUGAUUGUUCGGAUUCUCUCUCUUGUCAGGCUGGGAAGUGUGCACAACCGCAAGAUUGUAGCUGGGCCGGCCAUUGCACAGGAGCCUCUUGCAAGACGAAUGCUGAUUGCGGUGACAACCUGGUUUGCAAGCGUGGAAAUUGCGGGAAGACUAAAUAACGGACGGCAGUCUAUGAAGUAA